AUGGGUCACUAUGCCUCAGCUUGCUCGAAGCCGAGAAAGCAUGGAUGUUUCAGGUGUGGGCAGGCGGGACAUAUGGCUAGAGAUUGCACCCGACCUCAGCAGGGUGGACCGGAGCACCAGCAGAGGCAGUUACCUGCGGGCCAAGCUAGAGUCUUUGCAGUGGGUCAGCGGGGUUUGAUCCCUACAUCUUUGGGAAGCUCUUUAUGUGUCACUUCUCCUCUGCGAGUGUCUCUAGAGCUUGAGACGAUCUGCAAUGCUUGUCCUAUUGUGAUCGGAGGUAGAGAAUUCUCUGCUUUCUUGAUAGUGAUUUCGGACCACACCUAUGACGUGAUCUUAGGAAUUGAUUGGUUGAGGCCACAUCAUGCCUUGAUUGAUUGUUUUGACAUGGUAGUGUUUUUCCAUGUUCCCGAGGAGCCACUUUUUCAUUAUCGUUUUCUCAGAUCAGAUAAUUCCUUGAGGAUAGGAGUAUUGUCACAUGUUGAGUCUAUGGAUAGGGAGAUAGUUAUUGUAGAGGUUGUUGUGGUGUCCGAGUAUAGUGAGGUGUUUCAGGAGAUACCGGGUUUACCUCCUCGGAGAGUUGUUGAUUUCUGCAUUAAUGUUGUACCUGGUACUGCACUUGUGUUGAAGGCACCUUAUCGGAUGGGGCGGAACGAACUUAAGGAGUUGAAGGUGUAG